UGUCAGCGGUAAAUUCAUGGGAGUAUUUCAAAACAUCAAAGAUGGCGACCUCAUCAGCAACAUUUCCAUCUCUUCUUCCCCGAGUUGCGGACAAUCUGUGGUUCACUUUGGAAAAGAGAUCAGACGAUGACGCUGCCUUAGCGAAAGAAGAGGAAGAAUACGCUGCUUCGCUAAAAAGGAUUGCAGAAAAGGGCUUUGAUAUUCCUCCAGUCGGUACCAAUAAAACCAAAGACAGGCAGGAGAGACUUGAUGAAGAUGAUGACGAGAUUGAGGAUGAUGAUGAUUCAGCAGAAGAAAUUGAAGAUGAGACUGAUGAAUAUGAAAGUCCAGAUGCUGAAUCAGUUGAGGGCGAGGUUGAGAUGGAGUCAAGUCUAAUUUAGGUUUCCCUUUCAAAUGAGAUUGUUAUCAAGAUGUUUCCCAUUAUGAUGUUGUACAUCUUGGAAAGCAUUCGUUAAAAUUUAUUUUGGAAAGAGUUUGACCCCUAAUCAUGUUGUGCAAGAAUGCCCACAGAAAGCUCAAUCUGUAUGCUGUGCAGUUAAACAUAUAGGGGCUAGAUAAAUGUAGUUGGUUGUAAUGGGUUGUGGCAACUACUCAACCUCUGCUACAAAUGGUCUCUUAUUUAUUAAUUCAAUUUUUAUUUCAAUUUUUAAAUUUCGUGGUUUCUACCUUCUCCUGUGGAGUACCAUCUUUAUGUAUUGAUGAGCAGAAACUGACAGGAUGGAACUCAGGAUGGAACUCAGGAAGAAAAUUGUAUAAUGCCACAUCUUUGUAUUUGUGAAUAUAGAUGUUAUAGUUAAUAAAAUGUCAACAGAAUAAUGUAGAACUAAAAGUGUUUAUACCUCUGGUGUAGCACAGUAUCAUUAAAGCUUGACUAUUCCAAGA